AUGGACAAAGUAAUACGUAGUGUAUUGAUAAGCAAUAAGUAUACCAGUGACUUGGUGUUCAAGUACGUUGGAAUAUGGCAUCGAGUGUUGGGUAUCAAGGCUAUUCGUGGACACGACAUAUGCACACUGGAGCAAUGUGUCAUCCAUCGUGACAACAACAAGUUCAAGGACUUCUUUGCAAGACUGUACAUCAACAACCCUGAUGGUCGUCAAUGUCUACUCGGUGCAUUGGACCUCGAGCACAAAGAGCGACCCUAUGAAGACGGACCUUCCAUCAAUCUGCUAGCCAGCAUCAGAAGAUCAUUCAUGGAGUGUCUGAUGAGUGGCAAUCAUGACCUGGCUGACUACAUCAUCGAUCAGUUGCGCAUCGCAAUACAGGAGUACAUCAAUGACGAUCCAAAGCCACAGACAAAAGCACAUACUAUGGGAGUAAUCAUGGAGAACAUACUUCUGAGCUUUCACUAUCGUGUGGAUUUGAAUGGAGUAGCUCUGAGUCGACGUAUGAUUUCUACACUCCUCAACAUACCCGUCAACUCAAAGUCAUUGAGCCGUUGUAUUGCAUUUGCCAUGGCCUCAUCAGCACUUGCAGUCAAUCGUGACCUAUCACUACUCAAACUUGUCAUGUCACGCUUCUCGGAUAAGGCAUGGAUGGUCGAUGAGCUACUCGAUAAAGGUGGUAAUGGUGGACAGAGGGCCAGAUCAGUCCAUUCGUCAUUCUUUGAGGAGGAGACGUCAGACUCACUCAUUGAGCUGAUCAAGUACUACACCCAACUCUGCACAUCUCCUCUACUUGAGUGCGCAUGUAUCGAGCUUAUUCAUCUUGCUCUGGCCCACCACCGAUACGAUGUUGUCGAGUAUCUUGUAAAGGAGUAUGGCAAUGACAUUGUGCUGGACUCGUCUGACUACCAUCAAGCGAUGGCCACAUAUGCCAAUACGGACCUGUUGGUCAAGCUCAACUACGUGUUGCCACACAAGAAUCAUCACUCCUACUAUUUGAAUUCCUGUGCGACCAAUGGCAACAUAUCAUUUCUCAACUACAUCAGUGAUCAGUUGCUCAAGUUAGUGUUCACUCCUAAUAGAUCUGUCCAGCUAACUCGUGAUCUACAACUUAUGUUGAACAAGUACCUCCUGGGCGACGCAUUGGCCAGUGGUCACGUUGAUUGUGCCAACUUCAUUCUGGACAAUUGGAGCGAAGCUCUUGCGCACUUGGACAACGGCGAACAUACUGACAAUAGAUGGAUUGUGUCAGGUAUGAGUCUGGAGGGUCUAGGCGAUUGGAUUGCAAUCAUUGACAAGUUGGUGGGCAGUCCACAAAGAGUAUCCUGUACCUUCUUUGAUUUGUACAGCAACGCAAUCAAAGCUAAAAGGAUGGAUAUCAUUGAACACAUCGAACCGUUGAUAGUUGAGAGCUUCGAUGGUGAUAUGGAGAUGUCAAUCGAUGUCGAUCGGGCUAUGAAACGAGCAAUUGUCGAGAGCAACACUGAAGCAAUCACAACACUAUUGCGAAUUCGGCCAUCCAUUGGAUCAUUCACUAUCAACCUUGCUGAUCUGGCAUUGGCUGAACUGUCCACUCAACACACAUUACUCUCACAGGCCACACCUGGACAAUUGACACUUGUGAUACCAGUAAUCAGUCGUUUCAAAGUUGGCAACCUUCUCACCAUUGAUACUAUGAGCAUGGUAAUCAAAUAUGAACAUUAUCUAUACGUGUCGCAGGGGAACCGCAUUGAUCUAAUCAUUCUGGCCGCCUGCUUGGACUUUGAACUACUAGUAGUACUAUACAAUCCACAAGUACCCAACAAGUCCAAUCUGUCCAUAAUUGCCGAACUCAAUCCGGACAUCAGAGUGAUAAAGUUCCUUGAGCAACAAGGUAUAGGUUUCAGCCUCUCUGGUGCAUUGAAAUCAGCCAUGCACAAGGACUAUCGCGACACAGUUGAACAUCUCUUGAACUCUGCUCAGCAUCUCAAAAGAACGGACCAUAAGGAAGGGUGCGUCACAACAUCUGGAAGGUUCUUGGAGUCUGAUCUCUAUUCGAUUUUCAAUCGAUCAAGUCCAAGCUACAAUGAGGAUAGUUUAACAUUGGACAUGAUAGUUUUCAUCUGGACGAGAUUGAAUGACAAGACAAAGAGAAGCCAAGUGUUCAUCAACGAGUUGCUUCGAACAAGUGAUGCAGGAACAAUCUAUAAUGUGUACCGAGUGAUCAUUGACAAAUACUUUGGUGACGACGACCAUCAUGUGGCUCAACCAUUAAUCGAACCGCCACAAUCAGACUACAUCGUGACAGCCCUAAAGAAGACUCCAAACAUUACAUCAUCAAUCGAUUGUAUCAUCAAGUUGUUCAGACCUGAUACAACAUUGGACCCAAACAUUCGCGAUCAUUCCAUAAUUAUUCGAUACUCUCAGGAUCAAUUCAAGGCUCUACAAAGAGUACUGGUUAAGAAUGGAAUAGUACUAAAUAGUUCCGCAUAG